GACACGGCUGCCCUCAAGGGCAAGGGCCGGAAGAGCAUGGACAGGCAUGGAACUACCCUUCAUCGGUCCCACCCGCCCGGCGGCCAGCCGGGGCAGAUCACCGCCGCGAAGCCCAACACACAGGCUGCCAGCAUGGAGCAGGCAGCCAUUAAGGCGAGGUCUCAGGUGCGUCUGCGCCAGGCGGCGGAGCAGGUGGAGGCGGAGGCGAAGGAGGCGGCGGCGGCACCAGCACCUGAAGUCAUGCUCGCGUGCGAUGAGCCACGGUGAACCAGCUUAACCAGAAGCCUUACUAGCAUGCACGACGGUUGCUUAUGUUUAACGUGACAACUCAUGGUCGCGCUAAAGGAGCGGGAAGCGCUGAGUGUCCACGAUGUUCAUGCGCACCGUCCCUCCAGUUGACUCAGUGACGCAGCCGUGGGGUGUCAUGGCGUAAGCAUUUUGCAGUCGAAAAUUCUUUGGAAUUGUUUCUGCAGCGCGCAUAGUUAUAGAUGUGGCGGAAUCACAUUCCGCGGCACCAUUGAAAGUCGCGCUUUGGGCGACAUCAUAAGUUGAUAGGAAUCAGUUUGCUCCAAGCGCAGGUUAAUGUCAGCGAUGUGAUUGCAUGCAGCAAUCGAUUCAGUUUCCGGGGGCCUCGGGAGUGAUAGAGCUUUCGGUCCGUCACUGAGGAGUGAUUGACAAGACGUGCAUGUAAAUUAUGUUCUCU